AUGGAUGCAGGAGACGAGCGGUGGGUGCGGACCAUGCUGUGCCCCACCUCACCUCACCUAGCCAUCCUGGCCCUGCUCUCUGUGGCUGGCGCUGUGGGUCCAGGGGAGCCAUGCCCGUCCGAGAUGAACCUGAUCAAGGACCGACUGCGGGUGAACUGCUCUGGGCGGGGGCUCAGCGUGGUGCCACUUGCCCUGCCCAGGAACACCGGCAUCCUGCUGCUCAGCACCAACCGCCUGGCGUCCGAGCUGGUCCUGUCCCACAAUGCCCUGGGGGUGCUGCCCACACUGCAGGGCCUGCCUGCCCUCACCCGCCUGGCCCUGGCUCACAACAACAUUUCAGGGCUGCUGCCAGGGGCCUUCCGGGAUGUGGGGCAGCUGCAGGAGCUGAAUCUACGGGGGAACCAGCUGCGGACGCUGCCAGAAGAGGCCUUUGAGGGCCUGGCCAUGUUGAAGGACCUGGACCUGUCUGAUAACGCCCUGGAGGAGCUGCCGCAGGGGCUGUUGGCUGGGCUGGAGCUGGACACACUGAGGCUGUCUGGAAACCAGCUCCGCACUCUGCCCAGCGGCUUCUUCCCCGAGGAGCACAUGUUUGCCUUCAUCUUCCUGGCAGGGACCCCUGGCGCUGUGACUGUGGCCUGGCCUAUCUGCGGGGCUGGAUCGCUGAGAACAGAGACAGCAUCUACAUUGAGGAGCAGGGGCCAGACGGUCUACUGACCAAGAAUGAUCCCCAGAGCCCCGUGUGCGAUGCGCUCCACAGACACCACGGGAGCCCUGUCCUCGAGUUCAAGCAGGCUUGUGGCAAAGCAGGGGACACAGACAAUGACGAAGAUUUGGAUAUCGAUGGGACAAUGACAGAGGAGGGAACCCCUGUGCCCUCCACUACUGUCCCCUCCACCAACCCCAUCUCCCACCAUCCUGAGCCAGCCAAUCUCCCACCCUGGGGCUGGAACGAAGCUGUCGCCCCCUAGAAAGGAAAGGCCCCAUGUCCUACUCCCCACCCCCAUCAGCCUACCAAUCCCCUGCCCUGAGGCUAGAUCGAAGUGGCACCCACUAGAAAAGAAAGAGAAAGAGAAGAGAAAUCACAGAUGGUUUUGUGGAGAUGUGAGGAGUCUACAAUUUUUGUUUGUUUUUCCUGUCUUUCAGUUUCAGAGCUAGAGCAAAUUACAGUCCAGGUUUUUAAGGGGCAUUGCUAUAGUGUAGGGUCACAUGCCAAAUCUGUCCCAAUGACACAAGAAGGGAUCUGGUUAGUUUAGCAGCCAAUCCCUCUAACCACACAACUCCUUUGAAGGAAAAGAAAGAUCAUAAUAUGAGAAGGGGAGAUCAAAUCAAAGAAUUGGCAACGAAAGUUUAUCUGGAAUGAAAUAAAAAUGGAGACAGGAAGUAUUUUGUAUAAUCAGAUUUCAUUCAAAUUUUAAAACAUUGUUUUCUCCAGUUCUAUGGGAGAAUGAGACUUCAUGAUCGAUAUUUUUGUGCAGCACAAGGGACAUAAACUCACAGAUGGUUUCUCUAAUGUAGUGAUUAGCAUCUUGGUCUAACAUCUGACAGGUCCCUGGUUUGAAACAAAGCAGAGAUGAUAAAUUUUCCUUAUUUUUUUCAAUUGCUCUUGUUUUAAAUGUAGUCUUUUCAUUUAUUUUUCCCCCAGCUCAUUAAGAUAAAAAAUCAUAUUCACAGAUGGGAAGUGUCACGACUAUCCUAAAUGGAUGGACAAUACAUUAGUCCACCUUGCUCAGCUUAUGCUUUUAUAGUGGCCGGUAGCAAGCUGAGUGAUCCUGAUAGGUGACUGUAGAUAAUGUUUCCGGGUCGUAUUCCCACAGUGACAUUCUCAGAUGACCAACAUCCCCCAUCUUUGGAAGGAAUAAACUGCUAACAUUUGGACCUGAACUUGGAAACCUGGCCUUUAAUAACAGGAAGCUCAAGUUAGGAAUACAUUUUUACAAUUGGUAUAAGAUUCAAUAAUCCUUCAACCUAGUGUCACAAUAACUGAAAUUGCUUUAUCCUUAUAGUUUGCCUAGCAUAGAAAUAAAUAUGUCUUUAAAUAUAAAGGAGUCAAGU